AUGGCCGCUUGGACGCUGGCGCUGCCCGCGCUGGCCGCGACGGCGUGGCUCCUGAUCGGCGGCCUCGUGUCCGCGCUGGCGCCCGGCCUUAUCCUAUCCCUGGGCCUGCACGCCAGAGCUUGGAAUGCAGCCCGGCGGCAUCGCCCCCUGGACUCGGCGUGCCGAGGCAAUCCCCGUUCUGCCGCGGACGGUGAGGAUCCCACGGGGGUGGGGUGCGACCAGGACGAUGCCGCCCAGCUGGCUUCUGAGGCCAAGCUGCUGCAGAAGGAGGAGGCGGCCGCGGGGAUCGAGGACGACGAGCUGCUGGGCGAGGGCGCAGGGUGCGCGGAAGGCAUCCCGGCGUUCCCGGGCCUGCCGGAGACGCCCAGGGCCGACGUGCGCCGGCGGACGCCGGGCUACGCCUCCCUGACGCGCCACUCGUCCAUGCCGCGCGAGCGUCCGCGGCUGCAGUCGCACCCCGUGCCGCGCGAGCUGGAUCUCUUCCUCGACGAGCCGUCCAACCUGACGGUGGUCCUGGACCUGGACGAGACCCUGGUGAGGUCCUACGGGCAGGACGACGUGCCGGUGCACCUGGAGCUGUGCCGCCACCUUGCCAGGCUCGAGGUGGACUGCGGGGGCGGCAGCACGGUGGUGUCCUUCCUGCGCCCCGGGCUGCUCGAGUUCCUGGCCCGCGUGUCCAGGCUGGCGAACGUGUACGUAUACACCGCCGGCGACGCAGACUACGCGCGGCCGCUGAUCCAGAUGCUGGACGCCGACGGGCGGUUCUUCCUGGGCAGCCUGUACAGGGACUCCACCGUGGCCACGAGCGUGCACGACCACGUGAAGGACUUAGCGCGGCUGGGCGGCGACCUGGCGCGCACCGUGCUGGUGGACAACAACCCGUACUCCUUCCUGCUGCAGCCGGACAACGGGCUGCUGUGCGAGUCGUUCUUCGGGGAGCCGGGCGACCGGCACCUGCUGGAGGACGUCCUGCCCACGCUGCACCUGCUGGCCAGGGUGCCGGACGUCAGGCCCAUCCUUAGGAGGAGGUAUAACCUCGCGGGGUGGUGCCGGGCGCUUGAGGGCUGGUGCUCCUAG